GUAGCGCGUAUUAAAGUUAGCUAGCUCUAUUUCGUUUGUUAGCUAGUUAGCACCGUUAGCCGGGUUGGUUGUUAGUUGUGUAUGGUUGGAGCGGCUGUGUCACAGUGCAGCUGUUUGUGAGGAAAAAUGAUGUGUAAUCCUCAGGAUAGCAGCGGCAAGUAUUUAUGGUGGUAUCUACAGAGUCUGGAGUUCCAUCAGGAUGUGGCUGCUAGCAUCGGAAACAAAACAAACAUCAAGCACCUCAAUCUGGGCAUGAAUAUGUUUGAUAAGCCAAACAAGGAGGCCUUUUACCUAGUCAUCCAUUUCUUGUUCAAGAAGUUGAACCCUUCACGUGUGCAAGAUGUUUUUAGACAUUGCUGGCCAGUUUUGGAUCGCAAAGCAGAUGCUGAAUUUCGCAAGGGUGCAUUUGGAUGGCUUCAGGAAAUAGCGAAUGAAGAAGGAAGUAGUUUUCCUAAGGUGGUUGCAUCACAUUUACUCUCUCCUUCUGGACCAAGAUUUGUCAAUCUGAUGCUUCACUUAGCCAAACAUGUCAUGUUAAAAACAAUGAGGACGUUUACCACAGAUGACGCAUGGGUUCCAGAGGCUGCGGCUGUGCCUGCAAGUUCUCAGGAGCUGGAAAUGAAGCGCUUUCUAAUGGUGAAGAGACACUUUCAGAGAGUGACUGUGGGGCAAGACUGUCUUAUUCAGGACUAUCAGAAGAGAGCUAGACGUUUGGAGAAGUCUUUGAAGGAUCAUAAGGCAGAAGAUGUCAAGUAUGAUGAUUUGAUUAAAAAAUAUGAAAACAGCCUUAACCUGGAAAAAGACCUGCUGGAAAAGAUUCAAAAGGUUCGGAGCUUGUGGGCUGAAAUCGACAGUUCAUUAGCUGGUUUAAAAGAAGAGCAGUGUGUAUUGGCCAGCGUGAUUGAUGGCAGGGUUGACCAGUACGCUUUGGAUGGAAAGAACAUUAACGUGAAGAUUCCUGCGGUUCUUCUGGAGAGGAUGGAAAGGUUACCACUCCUGACCACAGCUGGAAGUUUGUAUGAGGGAGGCCAGCCUGUCAUCUUGCGGCUGCUUGAGCUUUUGAAUGUGGCAUUGAAUCUCUUGUGCGACGAGAGAGCCAAGCUUUCAGUUCCCACUUCACAGCUCAGCCACCAGACUCUCCAGGAACAAUCUUUAUUCAUGACUCGCUCAAAGGAGACUCUGAAAAACAUCAGACGUAAAAUGGCCAAGGAGGAUAUACCACAGACUAAGCAUUCCAUUAACAAGCUAGAGGUGGACUGGGAAAGAAAAUGGGCUGAAUGUUUGCAGCAAACUUCACUGAUCACCUUCCUUAAUGAGGAUCCAGUUUUGAACUUUCUUUCUCCAAUGGCUCCACUGUCUUUUGAACCAGCCUCGGACGCUAACUUCAAGGCUAGUAUAUUCUUCCAGUAUCCAGCUAAGCUGCCUGAAUCGACUGAUCAGACACCUAAGGAAAUACCUUGUUUGACUGAAGAGUUCCAAACGAAUGCUGUUUUAAGCUCCAUUCCAGCUGAGGACAAAACUGAAGACCUACUUUUUUCCAGUUGCCUCGUCUCCCCAAGGCCUGAAUCACCAUCUGUGGCUCGUCCUAAAAGUCCUGCUGCCCUUUCUGAUGUGCCAGUAGCUACACCCACACCCAGUCCUUUUCAAGCGAGCAGGAGGAGACCUUUUCCUUCACAAGUCAAGACAUCGGCUCUGAAGCCCAAGGCUCAGAUUUUGGAAAUGGAGUAUGAGAAUCUAGCAAGUCAGUUUGCUGAAGCUGUAACUAUGAGCCCAGUGGAUGGGAGGAGCAGUAGUAUGGAGCUGGAGCAGCUGCUCAACACUUUAUCAGACCCUUUUACAACCAAGAAGCAGAUUCCUCGCACACCGGAAAGUCUAAUUAUGGAUGUCAGAACAUCAUGGAGAAAAGCAGUGGAAGAAGGCAAGUCUGAGAAACAUGGAAAAAGUCAUGAUAGCCUGUCUUGCCUUGUAGCACCAGUUCCUGAAGUUCAAAAAAGAGCCCCCAGCCCAGAGUUAUUCUCCAUAAGUGCUUCUGCAAUAGCACAGGCUGACCCUUUACCCUAUAGUUCUCUCCCAUCACAGCAGGGGAACUCCCUUCACUCUACUGUUAGCUGGGACUCUUCACAGCUGGACGCUCUCAGCCAGAGCUCCAGCAACAUCAUCCAUUUCAGCAUUGCCCAUGAGACCUUCCCAGACGAAGAGAGCGAUGGUUCUAUGAACUGCAGUGGUGGCUCACGUGAGAUGCAGGAGGCUGAGGAGCUUCUCCUCCCUCCAGUUGUUUCACAUUUAUCCGAAACGGAGACUGCACUUGAAAUGGCUCGCCGACACUUAAAUGAUUCCUUUACAGGGAGGAUCAAGGAGACCAAGUCUGACUACGUGCCAUCAGCACUACUGGCAAGCCCAGGGUUGGGCAGUUGUAAGGAGAAGAUGUUUUCUUUAGACUUGGACCAGUUGGAAAGCUUCACUUCUCCUUUACGAGGGGAUCUCACUCUACCCAAUCUUGUCACAUUUUCACCCAUGGAUGAACUCUAAUUUAGUGCCUGGUUUCAUUAAUUUGUAGCACAAGCUGUGCUACAGAAACAAGAUCCCCCCUUGUCUUAAUCAGAGCUGGUGGAGAGAACUCUUGGAUACAGACAAGUAUGAAGUAACACCCCUUGUUGGUGAUCCUCUUUUAAACACCUGCCUUAUUUUUGUCUUAAUGUGUCAAACCUUAUACUAAUUAUAUUUGUAAAUGUCUAUUGCAGAAAUGACCCAUGUAGUGAAUGGGUUAAUGUACAUGUCUCAUCAGUCAACUUGAGUUAGGCUAAUAACCUAUGUAAAGUGUAAGCAGUCUCUCAAUUGUAAUAAAUUAAAUUUGCCCAGUC